GCCACACGCAGAUGCCGUAAGCAGCAAUAAUAAUAUGUGCGAGCCCACACGCAAUCUUUCCCCUCUCUCUCCAGAUUUCUUCAUCCUCUCCCCCGACACGACCUUUGUCUCUCACCAUUCACGAAUCGCCUCUCUUUCUCUCAUCAGGUGUUGAUCUGUGAAAUUCAACCUUUCUGGAUUUAUGUUUACUCUAUCUCUGUGUUUUCUUCAGUGAAGAAGGUCUUUCUCUUUGCGCGUGUCCCGUUCUCUUCUCCAAUCCUCCACAGAUCAUAAAACCCCCAAUUUCUCUUCACCAUUCGCACCCGAAGAUUGCUUCUAUGGAGGUCAAGCUUUGGAACGACAAGCGCGAGAGAGAAAUGUACGACAAUUUCGCAGAGCUAUACGCCAUUAUCAAGGCCACCGAAAAGCUCGAAAAGGCUUACAUCCGUGACAUUAUCUCCUCCUCCGAUUACGAGACUGAAUGCUUCAAACUCAUCGCACAUUUCAAAACCCUGGCCUCGACGCUCAAAGACACAGUCCCGAGCAUUGAACGAUUUGCAGACACUUACAAAAUGGACUGUCCGGCGGCGAUUAACCGUCUUGUGAUAACUGGGGUGCCUGCCACGGUGGAGCACAGGGCGGCCGCCGCUGCCUCCGCAACCACAUCCGCGGCCAUUGUUGCGGAGUGUGUGCAGAACUUCAUUACGGCUAUGGAUUCGUUGAAACUGAAUAUGGUGGCGGUUGAUCAGGUGCAUCCCCUGCUCUCGGAUCUCUCUGCUUCACUGAACAAAUUGACCAUUCUGCCGCCGGAUUUUGAAGGCAAGACGAAGAUGAAGGAGUGGCUUGGACGACUUUCGAAAAUGGGCGCGGCGGAUGAGUUAACAGAGCAGCAGGCUCGUCAGCUUCACUUUGAUCUUGAAUCUUCAUAUAAUUCAUUCAUGGCGGCUUUGCCUACUGCUGGUACUUGAAUGUUAAUGGUAAUCUUGUGUGUAUAUAGAUAUAAGAGCUUAUUGAUUUUGUCGUACUGCAUAAGUUCACUUUCUUCAUAAAUCCGGAUGGGUUGUGCUCCAUUUUCCUAUUAAAUAUGGAAUGCCUGUUGAUGGAGACAAACCUUUUUCUUCUUCAAAUUCUCAUAUCCAGUUUAAAAGGGCUCUUGAAUUUCCAUUGGCUUAGAUUGUUUGAAUUGUGUUUGUAAUUCUAAUUAUGUGAGAAAAAAAAGUGCUUUGGAACUUGAGGGAAUUGGGAUUUUUAUGGGUUAGGCUUGGCUUGAUGGCCUGGGCCCAUGGUUUUGUGAGCAUUGUUAGCUUUGUUCUUCUAUUAGGCUCUCACUUUCAAACUGAUGGGUUUUUGUAGAGUGCUUUAUUGAGAAAC